GGGGCGGGGUGUGGGGCGACGCCUGCGCUGUGCUCGGGUCCCCAUUGGUUGGUAGGGGAAGUGCCCACGGAAGUUUUCAUUUCCUGAGCUGAGUGGGACCCGGACCGGCCUCAACAUGAAGAUCCUGGUGGCUGCUGCAGUCGGAGGAGCUCUGGCCGUGGGGACUGUGCCGGUGGUGGUCGGUUCCCUGGGCUUCACCGGGGCAGGCAUCGCGGCCUCCUCCACAGCGGCCAAGAUGAUGUCUGCAGCGGCCAUCGCCAAUGGGGGUGGAGUGGCCGCGGGUGGCCUGGUGGCUACUCUGCAGUCAGUGGGGGCAGCUGGACUCUCCGUGUCAUCCAAAAUCCUCCUGGGCACCGUUGGGUCCGUUUUUGGAGCCUGGUUGGGGGGUUCCAAAAAGUGAACAAAAACACCUUCUUCUCCUCCCCCAGCUGGACCUGAGGCUAAAGAGGACCAGCCAAGAGAAAUUGUGCUCCAAAUUGAACCUCCAAAACCCCCACUCAAGUCAGAUAAACAUGACAAAUAAAGAUCACAUGCAG